AUGUCUGAUAGUGAAAGGCAGGUGGUGAAAUAUGAAGAGAAAAUGGUGGGGUUUUCUAGAGAAAAGAGGUUUUUGGAGCUGUGCAAGCCGGGAAUAAUCAAAGCUUUCUUUGAGAAGGAGGACCGUGAGAAGGUGGUGGACGAAGCGCGUGAGCUUCUAAAACUACUUGAAAAUGAGCUCAAGGACAACAAGUUCUUUGGGGGAGAGACUAUUGGAUUCGUAGGAUUCGUAGACAUUGCUGCUAACUUGAUAGGCCACUGGCUUAAACCAGCUCAAGAAGCUUUGGAGUUGGAUCUGCUGAGCAAAGAGAAAUGUCCGAAGCUCUGGGAUUGGUGUGAUGAGUUUGUCAAUCACAAUGUCGUUGAGGAAACUCUGCCUCCUACAGAUAACCUAAUUGGUCUCAUCCUUAGUCGCGCAAGUUCGACAUAG